GCUUUCAAGUGAGGUCAGCAAAAGGCAUUUAUCUAAGUACACUGAAUAACAACAGAGAGAAGAUGCUCAGAAAAGCCCCUCUUGGGUCAGCACUUGAUACAUGGGAACAAUUCUGAACCUGAAGGAGCCUCUUCUAAGUUAGGAGCAAGUUUGGAUUCAGACUGUUUUUGAAUUGCAAAAUAAGAGAAAAAAGGAUACUUGCGGUAUUUGCUGCUGUUGCCUGAAAACAAAACUCUGAUAUUGAAAAGACUGUCACCACAAACACCAACGAUAUGUACUGCAGAAUGCAUUGCUCUGUGUUGUCUGAAUCUGCAAUUAAAAUAUACAAAAGAGGACUAUAGAAAACUACCUUCUUGGCGUUCAGUAAGGCAAAAGCAUUUCUUGACACAAUAUUCACCAGUAGAAGUCCUGAAGACCUCCUGUGUGCAGACGAGAGGUCAGGUCCAGGACCUAGCAGCAACAAUCUGCAUUUUAAUUUCUAUUUCAGUAUGUUGUUCGUGAAUACCCAGAACACUGCAUUAUAAUGCGCAAAUGGAUGCUGAAAUGGAACCUGCCAACUUUGCCCUCUGGACUGUACUUACUCUUUAUCCUUCUAGUGGGCAGUGUGUGUUUAGCUUGCAAUGACAGAACUCCAGAGCAACUGGCUGCAAUUAUGAACUGCUCCAAACAUGAACGGCACACAAGAAAUUAUGACUAUAUGGAGGGAGGGGAUGUACGAGUCAGACAACUUUUCAGCAGAACACAGUGGUUUCUAACAAUUGAUGAAGCUGGCAGAAUUAAUGGAACACAAGAUGAUACCAACUGCUACAGUAUUCUAGAAAUACGAACAGUCUCAGAGGGCGGCGUGCUGGCCAUCAAAGGGGUGAAAAGUCAAUAUUAUAUAGCUAUGAAUAAGCAAGGAAGAUUAUAUGGCAAGAAAACCUACAGUGAGGACUGCAACUUCAAGGAAGUCUUCCUAGAAAACUAUUUCAAUGCUUAUUCCUCUGCAAAAUGGACUAAUAAUGGCAAAGAAAUGUUCAUUUCUUUAUCUCACAAAGGUGUCCCAUUAAGAGGAAAAAGGACAAAGAAAGAACAUGUCACAUCUCAUUUCAUACCCAUGAAAUGCAAAGAAGAGAAGAGAGUGGAUUAAAACUCUCACGAUGCUUUAUUCAGUU